AUGUCCAACGAGACGCUCACAGAGGCAAUUGAGAACGAUGCCGCAUCCACCAAUCCAUACAUCCGAGGCCUCUGCGAUGAUAUGUGCGACCACUUACUGAUGCUCGCUGAGGUAUAUCAAUCUCAGGCAAUCGACAGGGAGCUCGAGAACAAGUUUCCAGGAUAUGCCAAAGGCGACCACGAAGCUAGCGAGAUCUUCGGAAUUUGUGCCGAUGCGCUGAGUGCUAUGAUUGACACACUUACGGAAGUUGAAGACGGAUCACAAGGAGUUCCACAACCCAGAAGGUUCGGAAUCGAUGACGAGCUGACCACGCCAGGAAGUAUCGCGAGAGCACACACCCAUCACCUCCUCACCACUCGCGACUACGUGGGACGAUUCAGCAUGACGGAGGAAGAAACUAGAAGCAUGGAUGUCAGAGAGUGCAAACAACGCAUGACGGACGCUACAGAGUUAUAUCGGGAGAUGCAGUAUGAAGCACGCGACCUCUGCGAGAACUACCUCGAGCUGCUACACAGAGCAGGCUAUGAUGGAGAUGUGUUCGCAGAUGAUGUUCGAUCAUCUCUUCCAAGUGGUCUCCGGAUGCCUCGGGUUGAGCAGGCGCAAGAGGAUGAUGCCAUAAGUAGUGGUGUUGAUGAGAGAUAUUGA